AUGGCAGCCGCAGUUAUUCCGACAACCGGUGCAGCACGUCAUGGAUCAACAACACGCGGCCGACCGACGUCAGCCUUCUCGGAGCCUCCUGGAAUCGAGAGCGAUCAAACCGUGAUGGCGCCUCACGAUGAUGACAUUCGAGAAGCAACAGCAGAGCAUGAAGAUGAUCCUCGUUGUAGGCUCUGCAGGAAGUCCUUCCGGAACAUGAAGUCGUUGUACGGUCACAUGAGAGUCCAUGAGAGGAAUUGGAAGGGCGUAAACCCACCGACCCGAGAUGAGAACGCCUCAGCUUCGCCUUUGAUCGGUUCAGCAUGGCCGGGCAGAGGAAACAGAGGAAGACGAGGCAAACCAGAUCUCGACCCCGACGACUUCGACGACGAAGAACACCGAGCCGCGAAGCAUCUCCAGCGCAUGAGCGAGGAGUUCCGUGCCAGACAAAAGCAAGACGAGAGGAGGAACGACGUGGCGCCCCGACCACCACCACCACCACCUUCUUCUUCUUCGACAUGUACAGCAUCAGAGAUGAAGAAGAAGACGAAGGCGGAGGACGCGACAAGGCAAUACGUUCGCGGCACAUGCAACAAGGCGUUCGCUUCCCGCCACGCACUGGGCGGCCACAUGGUGAGCCACAACAAAGGCAGGAAGAAAAGCUCGCAGGUGUUCGGGACAUCGGUGGGGGAACCCAAGCGAGCGGAUGACGCCGCCAUGAUCGAUCCACCACAUGAUGUGCGUAUGAAAGCUUCGGAUGGGGAGCACCGAUGUGAGCUAUGCGGCAAGGUGUUUCUAUCGGGGCAGGCAUUGGGUGGGCACAAGCGAGCACAUUACCAACAGAAGCUUGCAGCCAUGGGAAACACGACUAGCCAAGCAAGCCAUCCACCAUAUACCAUCGAUCUCAACAAAGAGCCACAGCCAUAA